GGGAGCACUAUUAAAGUGUGAGGGGGGAAGGACUUAGCGCAGGAGUCGGCAGAGAGCUGAGGAAAUGUCCGCUGAAGAGCUGAGCGGCGGUGCUCGGAGAGCGACCAAGAGCAAACUGUUUGAGUUCCUAGUUCACGGUGUGCGCCCUGGGAUGCCCUCGGCUGCACGGAUGGCUCCCCAAGGUUCAGCGAUGGGUCCCCCGGGAGCGCCAUAUGGAACAGGUCCUACUGUUCGCCCUGGGAUCCCACAACCGGUCCUGGAGCAGACCCGCAAGCGCGCCGCACCGCAGCAGAUGCAGCAGCCACAGGCAGCCGUGCAGAGCCGCGCACGCAGUGCCAAGCGGAGGAGGAUGGUGGACAAGAUCCUGCCCCAGAGGAUCCGGGAGCUGGUGCCGGAAUCCCAGGCCUACAUGGACCUGCUGGCCUUUGAGAGGAAGCUGGACCAGACCAUCAUGAGGAAGAGAGUGGACAUUCAGGAGGCUCUAAAGAGGCCGAUGAAGCAAAAGCGAAAGCUCCGGCUAUACAUCUCCAACACCUUUAACCCUGCACGCUCAGACGCCGAGGAUUCGGACAGCUGCAUCGCCUCCUGGGAACUGCGAGUGGAGGGAAAGCUUCUGGAGGAUACUGGGAAACAGAAGAGAAAGUUCUCCUCGUUCUUCAAGAGCUUGGUGAUCGAGCUGGACAAGGAACUGUACGGACCUGAUAAUCAUCUGGUGGAGUGGCACCGGACGCCCAGCACCCAGGAGACUGAUGGCUUCCAGGUGAAGAGGCCGGGAGACGUCAGUGUCCGCUGCACUCUGCUGCUCAUGCUGGAUUACCAGCCCACCCAGUUUAAGCUGGAUCCCCGCUUGGCCCGACUGCUGGGGAUUCACACCCAGACACGAUCAGCCAUCGUCCAGGCCCUCUGGCAGUACAUCAAAACCAACAAACUGCAAGACUCCCAUGACAAGGAGUACAUCAGCUGUGACAAGUACUUCCAGCAGAUAUUCGACUGCCCGAGGCUAAAGUUCUCCGAGAUUCCUCAACGACUGACCAACCUGCUGCUUCCGCCUGACCCCAUCAUCAUCAACCACCUCAUCAGCGUGGACCUCAAUGACCAGAAGAAGACUGCUUGUUACGAUAUUGACGUGGAAGUAGACGACCCCCUGAAGUGUCAGAUGAGCAGCUUCCUGCUGUCCACGGCCAACCAGCAGGAGAUCGCAGGCCUGGACAACAAGAUCCAUGAGACCAUCGAGUCCAUCAAUCAGCUGAAAAUUCAGAGGGAUUUCAUGUUGAGCUUUUCCAAGGAUCCAAAAGGCUAUAUCCAGGAGUGGCUGAGAUCCCAGAGCCGGGACCUUAAGAUAAUGACAGACGUGGUGGGGAACCCAGAGGAGGAACGGCGUGCCGACUUCUACCAGCAGCCAUGGUCCCAGGAGGCAGUUAGCCGAUAUUUCUACUGCAAGAUACAGCAACGGAGGCAGGAACUGGAGCAAGCCAUGGGUGUGCGCAACACCUAGAUCCUUUCCCCCGUGCAACCGCCACCACUGGAAAACACAAAAACACUGCUGUCCCUCAGAAGUCCCCAGAUGCUGAUGGCCCCUGUUUCGGGGGUCUCAGUACCCUUCAUGGCUCCUUCUCCAGCCUCUGCAGCACCAGGCCAGCCCCCCACCCACCUCAUUCAUCUCUGUUGAGUCCCACAUGCCUGGCACAGCCUGGGAUUAAGUGGGUGGGCAGUCUGGGUCCAUGGUACCACUCAGUGCGCACCAGGUAAUCGAGGGGUGGGAGGAUGGGGUGUUGUGAUGGGUUGUUGAGGAGGGAGGGAAGGACUGCACUGUGGUGGGGGGUGUCCAGUCCCAGGCCAAUGCUUGCUAUAGUUACUUCUCUGUUCUUCAGCACAUUGGCCGUUGCUGAGGAGAUCAGUUUACUCUAUCCAAUCAAAUGAGCUGAUUGCAGAGCCAAAACUUCACCCAAUUGGCCAGGACGAUUGGUCCUUCUCUCCUUCCCAGUUACCGCCACCUCACCCUUACGGCUUUCAACCAUCCUCCCAGGCUGGGAUGUGAGGUCUGGCAAGUCAGGGUCUGUGCCAAGUUCGCUUCAGUGUGGGUGUGAGGUGGGUUGAGGUUGAUGGGUUAACAGAACUGGUUUGGAGAGCCAGAAGUGACUGAGGGAAAGGUCCUUGUGGCUACAACUGUCUGUCAUCUCCUGUCCUGGCUGUCUAGUCUCUGGGUCCCUCAUAGACAGGCCAACAGACAUUAAUCACAUUGACCAGACACAAGCUCCAAGAUCAAACCUGGGAUAUCAGGACAUGGAUUAUUUGGGCUUUGGUUGUUUUAUUCAUCCUGCAGCCUUGAUGGGUUGUGGGAGAGGUGUGAUGGUGCAGAGUUUGUGGCUGAGAUAAAUAAUUCGAAACUUGCUGCUAUCCCUGCCCUUGGAGUGUGUGAUGGGAUGGUACAGAGGGAGCUUCACUCUGUGUCUGAUCUGGGUGUGUGUAAUGGGAUGGUGUGGAGCAGAGGUUCCUGACCUGUUAAUCGGUUAAUAGUAAGACUCCACAGCAUAAAAAGAGAUUGGGAACCCCUCAUGUGGAGGGAGCAUCACUCUGUGUCUCACCCUGGGAGUGUGUGAUGGGAUGGUGUAGAGGGAGCUUUACUUUGUUUCUAUUCUCUUCCCAAGGAGUGUGUGAUAGGACAUCAUAGUGGGUUUUACUUGGCAGUAAAACUCUGAUAAUCCAUUAUUAUGCCAGACCAGCAAGUUUUCUGGACUGAUGGACAUCCUUCCAUUAAAUACCGAUCCUAAUUUAAUUUCUCAUUUUUGUGUUACCCAAUAGAAGAAUAAAUUUUCCAGUGAACCCAAUAAGUUUAAAAGAAUUGGGAAAUAUACAGCUGUUGGGACCCUGGCUCUGAUCACAAGCCCCCCCCCCCCCCCCCCAAGUUUUUGAUCCUGGCGUUCCAGAUUCCAGCUCCCAUAGUCCAAACCAUGUCACCAGCUCACACUCUGAACUACUGAGUGAGCCAGAUGCCAAACCAUCAGGAAUUUCGAAUAUUCAGAUUCCAGAUUUAGAGCAACAAACAGCAGCUGGAGGAACUCAUUUCGGAAGAAGGUUUUGACCUGAAAUGUUGACUGUCCAUUUCCCUCCAGAACCACUAAGUUCCUCCAGGUUCCGGCACCUGCAAUCUAUUGUGUCUCCAUUUUACUGUUUUGCGAGUUUAACUCUGAAUCUUGCUUUUCAUCUGACUAUUCUUGCGGGGGGGGGGGGAAGGGUGUGUGUGUGUGUGUGUGUGUGUGUGUGUGUGUGUGUGUGUGUGUGUGUGUGUGUGUGUGUGUGUGUGUGUGUGUGUGUGUGUGUGUGUGUGUGUGUGUGUGUGUGUGUGUGUGUGUGUGUAACAAGGCCAAUGAAAGCAGAGAGAGUGCAUACACACAGCCAGUGGUGGAAGUCCCUCUGUGUAAUGUGGGGACUAUUUCUGAUUAUCAGCUCAGCUAUGUGGCACUGAUUUUGAGGAGACUUUGUGGUCUGCUUUAGUAAUUCCCAUUUGCUGAGCCCAGUCAAGAUCACUCCAUGCACUUGAGCUUCCUCAACACCCACAGAGGCUCAGGCUGUACUGAGGAGCUGACCUUGUCCCAGACUCUGAAAAGAUCUUGGUAAAGUACACUCAAAGUUACACGGUACAGUGAGACUGACAUAGAACAUUGAACAAACAGCACAGGAACAGGCUAUUCAGCUCAUAAUGUUGUGUCAAAUCAGCUAAAAAGCAAAUUUAAAACAUCCAAAUGCUAAUCCCUCCUAUUUACACAAUGUCCAUAUCCCUCCAUCUUCCUUACAUGCAUGUGCCUAUUCAAAUGUUUCUUAAAAACCUCUAAUGUAUUUGCCUCUACCAUCGUACCAGGCAGCACUCUCCAGGCAUUCUCCACUCUCUAAGUAAAAUAACUUCCCCCUCACAUCCCCCUUGAAUCUACCCCAUCUCACCUUCAAUGCAUGCCCUCUAGCAUUAGACAUUUCAACACUGGGAAACAAAUACUCCCUAUGUUCUCUAUCUAUGCCUAUCAUAAUCUUAUAAACCUCUAUCAGGUCUCCCUUUGGCCUCUGACACUCCAGAGAAAACACCCCAAGUUCAUCUAGCCUUUCAUGUCAGCACAUUCCCUCUAAACCAGGCAGCAUCCUGGUAAACCCUUCACCCUUUGCAGACCCUCAACAUCUUCUGCGUGCAAUAUUCCAGAUGUGGCCUAACCAGAGUAUUCUCUCCUUGCGUUUGCCCUACUGAGGUGCAACACCUCACAUUUAUCUGGGUUAAACUCCAUCUGCUAUUUCUCAGCCCAUUUCUGCAACUGAUCUAUAUCACUCUGUAUUCUUUGCCAGUCUUCUACAUUAUCCACAGCUCCACCAAUUUUGGUAUCACCCGCAAACUUACUAACCCACCCAUCUACAUUUUCAUUCGGGUCAUUUAUAUACAUCACAAACAGCAGAGGUCCCAGCACAGAUCCCUGCAGAACUCCACUAAUUACAGACCUUUAGCUCGAAUAAGUCCCUUCAACCACUACUCUCUGUCUUUUAUGCACAAGUCAGUUCUGAAUCCAAACAGCCAGUUCACUGCAGACCCCAUACAUCUUAAUCUUCUGGAUUAGCCUCCCAUGAGGGACUUUGUUAAAUGCUGUAUUAAAAUCCACAUAGACAACAUCCAUUUCCCUACCCUCAUCAACUUUUGUCACAUUAUCAAAAAAUUAUUGGAAUUGGUAAGACACAACCUGCCCCCACAAAUCCAUGCUGGGUCUCCCUAAUUAGGCCAUGGGAUUCCAAAUGCUCAUAUCCCUAAGAAUUUUCUCUAGCUAUUUCCCUACAACUGUUGUGAGACUCACCAGUCUCUAGUUCCCAGGAUUUUUCCUUGUUCCUUUCAUUAGCCACUCUCUGUUCCUCUGGGACUUCACCUGUGGCUAGAAAGGACAUGAAGAUACUGGUCAAGGCCCCAGUAACCUUGUCUCUUUCCUCCUUCAAUAACCUGGGGUAAAUCCUGUUAGGCCCUUGAGACUUAACUCAUUUAAUACUCAUUUGGAGGCCCAACACUUCCUCCUCCUUGCCCUAAUGUAUUUAUACACUCAGCACUGAUCUCCCGGUCCUCCAUAUCCUUUCCCAUGGUAAAUACUGAAACAAAGUACCUCACUCACAUACUCCGCAUCUAAGCAAAUGUUUCCUCUUUUAUCCUAGAAUGCCGUGGAAGUCACCUUAAUCCUACUUACCAAGGAUUUUUCCUGGCCCCUCCUGGCUUUCCUAAUUCCCUUCUUUAGUUCUUUUCUGGCUUCUUUAUAAACCUCAUGUGCUUCAUUUGAUCCUGACUUCCGAAGCAUUAUGUACUUUUCCGUUCUUGACUAAAUUCAUCAACUCUCUGGACAUCCAAGAUUCUCUUAUCUUGCCAUCCCCAUCCUUCCUUUUAACAGGAUCAAACCUUUCCUGUACCAUGUGCAAUUAACCUUUAAACACCACUUUCAACUUAGGGAAGUUGAAAGCCCCCAUUACUACAACUCUAUUAUUUCUACACAUUUCCUUAAUCUGAUUACAUAUCUGUUCCUCAAUGUCCUGGUGGCUGUUGGGGGUCUGUAAUACAAUCCCAUCAGUGUGAUUGCAUCCUUCCCAUUCUUGAGUUACACCCAAAUGGACUCAGUGUCUGAUCCCUCCAUUAUGUCUCCCCUGAGUGCAGCUGUGAUAGUGUCACAACUCCACCCCCACCCCA